UUACUAUGAGUAGAUGGAUAUCCUGGCUAUAUUGAAAUAUAAUGCCUGAAUACUCCUAAAGAACGGUUAUAACUCGGUCCUAUCUAUUGUACUGCUCUUCCCGCCGCUAACUCCGCUAUUCUAAAUCACAUAACCGGCUCAUAUUAUGUGAUUUGUAUCACUUCGGGUCGGUUUUGUUCGCCAGUCCCGGACAUCACUCUUUGUUAAUUGUUUUGCUCCCUAUUUCACCGGACACCGACUGUUUUGCAAUCCUCUGAUUGUUAUAAUAUCGGGUCUGUAUAUCAUGGAUUGCUCUUGUUGUUUAGAUGAAGGGUCGUUAGAGGCCAAGUUUGAUCUUAUGGUGGAACGGUUUAGAAGCUGGAUUGAUGACGUUGAGUACAAAAUCAAAGAUGCUAUCGAAAAAAGGAAAAAGAAACAAGAAGAGGAGAAGAGACUGGCCAAAUGGCAGGAUCAGGUGCAUACUGCUAGUAGAGCGGAGAACAGUACAGUAGACCCUCCAACUACCACUUCAGAAAGAAGGGUCCUGGAUCCACCCUCUCCAACUACCACUUCAGAAAGAAGGGUCCUGGAUCCACCCUCACCAACAUUAUCAGACUACGUGUUUUCAACCCCCACAGACUCAGAUCAAGAGGACUUCGAGUCCUUCUUCCCGACACCACCUUCUCCUCUUGAAGACAGUCCAGACCCUGGUGUUACAGUCUUACAAUCAGAUACACAACUAAUAGGUUUUAUGGAACAAGUCGAGGAAUCAGCAGCCGAAGAAGAAUCAAACGCUCCGUUCAGAGACAUCACUGAUACAACCCAAUUCUUAAUACCUACUGUCUUGUCAGAAUAUUCAUCAGACGAUCCAAAUCAGAUUCUUUUUGUGCCACCCACAAUACCACGUGUUUCAGCAUCUUCCUCAGCUGCCAGCCAACGUUCGAUAAAGCUUUUAGAAAAAUCUGCUGUUAUCCAGAAGUUGCUCUCGGAUUCACAGAUCAGUCCUGUCCAGAACGACCUAUCAAAGGACGUUAACAUCAACUGCAGCGAAGAUAAGGUGACUAGUCCAGAUACAGAUAAGUCGGAGGAGAUAAGGAAUCUGUCUGAAGGAGCCCUUUCAACUUGUUCUACUUGCUACAAACAACCGAGAGGAGUCAGACCAGACCCGAAUAUCAGCGAUUCCCUCCCACUGAAGGACGUGAGUGUUCAGGUAAACGAUCAAGCGGAGACAUCUGGUAUUUCUGCGGAAAAGGUUAUCAACAAGUGCGAACACAGCUACAAACAUCCUGAUAUAUACAAACGAUCUCCCUCCGCAGUACCCUACAUCACACUGCUAAAGAACAUGUCCACCACCCCCUCCACUACAUCACAACCUGACUCUCUCGAGCAACCUCCAGACAACAUUCUAGAACAGUCUACACAGAACAUUCUAGAACAAUCUACGCAGAACAUUCUACAAUCCCAGCUAUCAACCCAGGAUAUGCUCGAGUCCCUCUCCUACAUCUCAGAUUCUCCCGAGAGUCCAGCUAUGAAGAGGAGGGGUAAUUUACUGAACUUUAAGAGGGACAGUGUGGAACAGUCGGAGGAUGAUCUGAUAAAGCAGAUGGGGAGCUCUAUUGGUCUUACUAGAGGGGACCAAGACUACACCGAAGUCCAUUCAGACCCCAAACUCCCUGACAUAAACACGAAGUCCGAAAGUCCGGGAACAGAUCACAAGCUAAUAGACCAUUCCUUCACCGAGGAGACACCGUCCUCCGACAACAGCCCAAACUUUGCCGCCAAAUUUAUUAGGCUUGUUAGGAGGAGCACGUCCGACGUUUUGAUGCAAUCCCAUUCCUCUGCCACCUCUAUAAGUUGGGAGAAUCACGACGCUAAAAACGAUCCGUCACUCUCAGUGGACGCCCUGAACAGUCGGGCAAAGAACGGAGUUCCAGUCAUUCCUAUCAUCGAAUGUGACAUUGCUUUUAGAAUAUCGUCCAAGACGAGCGGAGAAGUGUUGUCGUGGUUUAAACAGCAGUUAGCGUGGGCGGGUCUUAUCGUCACUUCAGAGGUCGGCUGCUCUCAGGACUUCUUUAUCAAGGUGACAGCAGAUAGCCGCAUCUUUCUGAAGGGAGCUGAGAAUUUGGAGCUAUUAAAGAGAAUACACCCUGAGAGAGGGGACGGCAUGAAACCCUUCAAUAGAAACGAGACCUCGCUGUUCUGUGCACGUCAGAGCACGGACGGAUUCCUCUCUGCAGCGGAGAGACAGCUCAUCCUCUACGAUAUCGUAACCAGGAUACGGACAGAGCAUCCUGUCACGGUCGGAGAGAUCAAGUUUUACCAGCACGAGUCCGUCGUGUCCGGCCUUAUCUCAAACAGUGUCAUCAAACAGAUUUACCCGCUGCAUCAGAAAAGUAAACAAAACGUACUGAAUCGAGUAUGGGUGUGGAACUUCCUCGGAACUCAACCACUUAAUCUGAUCAGGCACUACUUUGGGGACGAGAUAGCCAUCUACUUCGCCUGGCUUGGAUCUUACACUUCCAUUUUAGUUGUGCCCUUGAUAGUCGGUUUCUCGAUAGGCCUGUUCUACGAUGACGACGACGUCAAUUCGGCGGAUUGGUGUUUUACUUUCUACGCUUUUUUCAACGUAGUUUGGCCUACACUAUUUCUGGAAAUUUGGAAAAGGAGAAGCGCAGCACUAGCUUGGGAAUGGGGCACCCUGGGUCGAGACAAGGAGACCCAGGAGAUACAACGCCCCCAGUUCCACGGGACCCUAGGUGGUAACCCAGUGACGGGGGAGGUUGAGAUUCAGUACUCCAGCAUCAAGAGACAGAUCAAGCAGACAGUGUCGCUGUUUGUAAGCGUGGUGUGUCUCAUUGUGGUUCUCGUCAGUAUGCUCGCUGUUUUCAGGUUUGACGACUACAUCCAGUACAUUUGUAAAAAUAACACCUUCCCUGACUUUGUUCCCUCCUUCCUCACCAAAUUUGUCAGAUACACACCUAAAAUACUCCUCCCCAUCACCGUUGGGAUUCUCGAUGUUAUGUACAGUAAACUAGCGUUCUUUCUGAACGAAUGGGAGAACUACAAGCACCAGAGAACGUAUGAGAAUUGGUUGGUUCUCAAACUUAUCCUCUUCAAGUUCGUCAACUCUUUCCUUGCUCUCUUCUACAUCGCCUUCUACCUUCAGGACUUUGACAAGCUACAAGAGACUUUAGCAGCUCUGUUGAUAACAAAGCAAAUAGUUGGUAACUGUGGGGAGAUUCUCGGGCCGACUCUGAUCAGCUGGGCCAAGGUUUACCUGCUGAAAAGACACAACAGUACAGAGAACAAGGCGGAGGAGAAGUUGUCUCAAGUUGAGACGGAGUCAGAGAAACCGAGAUAUGAUAGCUCUUUUGAUGAUUAUCUUGAAAUGUUCAUUCAGAUGGGCUACGUGAUUUUAUUUUCGGCCGCAUAUCCUCCGGCUGCAGUUUGGGCCUUCCUCAACAACAUUGUAGAGAUAAGAGGAGAUGCUUUUAAGCUGGUAAAUGGGCUGCAGAGACCCUUCAUAAGCAGAGUAGAAGAUAUCGGGUUCUGGCAGGACGCGUUCGAGGUGCUCAGUGUCAUUUCUAUUGUAGUGAACUGUUCCCUCAUCGGUAUCAGGGGACAAGUGGGACGGUGGUUUCCGAACUUCACCACCGGACAACAAAUCCUGUUCGUGAUAGCCAUGGAGCACGUGUUCCUCACUAUAAAGUUCAUUAUAGACAGAGCCAUUCCAGACAUACCAGGGUGGGUACAGCUCGCCACUGCCAAGGAGAAGUACACCAAGAACAGGGCUUUGAAGGGACUGGAGAAGUUAAUGCAGACGGCUCGGUUAAAGGGACACGUUCGUAAGAAGGUGGACGCUGUGAGGUCGAGAUUAGUCGAGAGGAGGGUGGAGGAAGAGAAAGGGAAUCAGGAACAAAUUCAGAGUUAUUCAGAGGAUAAUACCGAAAUAAAAAAGUCUAAUUCGGUUUCUAGAUAUAAGAUAGAGUAAUGGAUAUUCAUAUUGUGGCGACCGAUCCAUAAAUUUCAGAUCGUAAAUUUGAGUUUUGAAAAAGAUUAAAUCCGCAUGAAUUGAAGUUUUAAUGAUUCAGAUCAUGUGUAGCUGAAAUUCAAAGUAACUUUAAGCUUUUCUUUAAUUUGAUUCUUCCACUUCCAGCUACUAAAAGAAGGGUUUAUUUCAAUUUCUUAUUAGGUUUACUGUUAAUUUUUUUGUUUAAUAUUUUGUUAAUAUUUGAGUACGUUAAGCUAUUUAAAAAGCGAUAGAUUUUUUCUCUGUCAAGUAUUAAGAAAUUAG